AUGACCACAGAGGGCGGGCUGUGGAGGCGCGGAGCAGGACAUCCGGAAGAGGUUGUCCGCAGGACUCAGAUGGGGGUCUCUGCACAGAGCAUCCACCAGCGGUACCACAGUGUGCUGGGGCCCCUGUCACUGUUCUCUCAGUGCAGGGAGAAGGAAGGCAGGGAUGAGGAGCAGUGCCCUGUAGCACCUGGCUCUGAGGGGCUCAGGAUGUGCCCCAGCUCCCUGCAAGAGCUCUGCCGCCUGGCACAGUGCAGGAUGCAGGCGCGGUCUGUCCGUCACCCCGCAUCCCAACAGGACAAGCAGGCACUGACGGAGGUGCUGAUGUCGAAGCUGGGACUGCUUUGGCAGGAUCUGACAUCGCUGACUGGUGACCCCUCCCUGACCCAAGACGAGAACAAGGGACUUCACUGUGAGGCUUUCAGGGAGGUCAUCCGGAUCUGUGAGGAGCUCUACCUGCACUACCUGAGCCUGCUGCACACUCUUAGGAAACGUGCCAUUUUCAGUGACCAGGCCAACCUCAGCCGUGUCAGAGCGCAUAUUGCCUUGGACUGUACCACUCUUCUGAACGUCCAUUCAAUCAAGGACUAUCUGAUCGAGAGAAUCAAGGCGUUGAGGACGGAGAGGCUCGGUACUGCGAAAGGCAGCGGUGUACAGGGGCACGAGGGGGCGCCAGACACACGCUCCACCACCCGAAAGCUGAACUUCAGUCUGCAGCCCCCGUCAGGCAGGGGGAAGAGCAGGGCGAGCAGACAGCAUAGGGACUCCAUAGAGAGGGACCUUCAAGAGAUUAAUGAGGCAAUUGGAGCGCUUGACCUGGAGCUUGUGUAUGACCUCACACCGUCUCACGUGGAGCAAACCACCAACAGAGGAGGCACACAGUGUACUGAAGUCAGCGGGCCUAGAACAAAAGGACAGAGGGAAGACCAGCGCUCCGCCAGUCCGCAUCUCAGUAGAUUGAAGGGUAGUAACUCUGUCCCAGAGCUGCAGCAGCAGAUGCUGUUGGAGGAAUUCGAGAAAGGCGCGUCGCCAGUUCGGCCCCAGACCCCGCUGGUAUUACAGGCCACAAGCUGGAGUUCCAACCUGGAUAAGUCCAUCAGCCCAGCUGAAGACCUGAAGAGAUUGUUACAGGACAGUGUUCCACAGGAGAAGUUGGGGCAGGUGGACCCUGAAGCAGACCUGCCACCUCUGAUUAAACCCCUGACCCACAGUAGCACCACAAAGCUAGAGCUCCUCCAGCAGUCCCUGCAGAGGCUGAAUGAGGAGGAGGAUAAGGAGGUGGUGACAAAAAGGGCCCCGGUGGAAGAACCGGAGCACCCCCAGGCGGACGUCGAUAGCAUCACGCUCUCACCAAAUCACAUCGCCCGCAUAGCGGCCUCUCGUGUGUCCGACAGGGUUUUCACUGAGACCAUAAAAAUUCAGGCACAGUCGCCUGUCUACAAUGACCUUACUGGAGAGAUAGAGCAGUCCUCAGCGCAGUGGAUGGAUCGGAACCUGUUUGCGGGGGCAGAAGUAACAGAGCUCUACAAGGAGCUAUCAAAAAGCAUUUCAACCCAGCACCUGAACUUCGAUGAGGAUCCAAUGUUUGAACCAGCCCCAACAGACAUCAACUUCCAGAACUCACUCUCAUCCAAAGCUAAGAGCCCAUGUCUUAUCAACCCUGAGCUAAAGAGGCCAAACAUCAGCAAUGCAGCCCAGAGUAGGAGGGCUGAAAUUCCCAAGGAGCGCAAGAGACCGCAGGAUGUGACAUCACGGGAGCACGCUGCCUGGAUGCAGUGGUGGAAGUCCCACCUGUCCCUGGGCGAUUACCUGAAAUUCCUCUCGAACAAGGACCUGGAUUACCUGUCAGUGGUGUUUCACCUUCACGACAGUGAUGAGGAAGGCGAUGAGAAGAGCGGGGAUCAUACCCAUCAGCAGGAGGAGGAGAGACAGCGAAGGCAGAAGAUUGAUGCUCUGAGACGUAGAAAGCAGGAGUUUGCAGCUGGGGUGUGGAACGUGAACUCCGUCCUGCUCGGGGGGUUAGGGAAGGAUCCGUCACCAGAGGAUGUUAGCUCAGAUGAGGACAUGCCUCUCAGCUCCAAGCAGGAGCAGCGUGGCGCGGCAGCGGGGGGUUCGGAGGGAGUCCAGCUGCAGACGCGGCUGGAGAACAUCUGGAAUGUCCUGUGCUUCCCGGAUGGACUGAGGCAGGACAUGGCCCUCAAAUACAGCUCAGACGCUCACAGGGACCAGCUUGAGGAGGCAACUGUGGCUUGGGAGCGCGCUGCCCAACUGGUCCAGCAGAGGGAGACAUUGCUGCACCAACUGGAGGUGUUUGAGAAGGAUGCCUCUGAUCCCAACAGAUUCUUCCAACAUGGUUAUGGAGGCACAUCAAUGGCAAGGAUGGACGAGUCCAGGCGCAGGGAAAAACUCAACUCCCAGAUAUCAGUUCUGGAGAAGGAGCUGCAAAAUAUCAUACAAGAGGUUAAACGCCGUUUCCAUGACACUGUCACAUACAGGGGCAGGCCCUAUGGGGAGAAGAUGCGCCGGGACCGCAUUGAGAUGCUGUACUGGCUGCAGCAGGAACGUCGCGUGCAAGCCUUGGAGAAGGUGCUGGGCAGCUCAGGGACUGUCCCUGCCAGACUGCCCCCACUGGAGCCAAACCAACAGACUCGCGUGCUCACCCCGCACCCUCCACGGAACCCCCACCCACCCGGUUCUGCAGUGAGAAGAAACUCCCGGCGGGAUCCUAACCCACGCAGCCAUAUUAUGCACUAA